UUGCCUAUAAAUUUUCGCUCUCUACAAAAUUAUUAGUAUUUUCUUUUUUUGCGUGGCAUCAAUAAACCCUAAUUUCCGCUCCAGCUUUUUUCGCCUCUUUCUCUCUCUUCACUCGCCCUGUCUUGCAAAAGUUCGUACUAAGCACGCGGGUUUCUCUCUCUACAAUUUUCCCUCUCUCCCUUCCACAGCAACUUCGUGCUUGUGCGCUGAUUUUAAAUUGAUGGCGACGGCGGGUGAAGGACCCUCAGCGACACCGUCUUUAGGCUACGCCGGUAAUGGCGGAGUUGGCGGAAAGUUCAGGAAACGACCCUUCCGCAAGACUAAUACGACCCCGUACGAUCGGCCUCCCACCGCUUUCCGAAACCCUAGCUGGCUAUCCAAGCAUCUCAUGGAACCAGCUUCCAAGCUUGUUACCUCUGGCUAUCAGCUUUUCUUCUCCUCUCUCUUCCGGAAACGUCUUCCUGCUCCCCCUCCUCCCUCUCCGCCACAGCCAGAAUUGAACAAAGACACGAGUCGUGAGCAGCCUGAGAGAGUCCAGGAAGUGUCUCGGGCUGAAGCACAUGAAACAGCUGUUGGUGAUGGUGCACAUCUUGCUCAGAGUCCCCCCGAUGGUGUUAUUUCAGACCUUGAGCAGUUGUUAAGGAAAAAGACCUUCACUAGAUCUGAAAUUGAUCGUCUGACAGAGCUUUUGCAUUCAAGAGCAGUAGAUUUCCCUCACCAAAGUGAUGUUAGGAGAACAGAAUUAAGUAAUGGAAAACUGGCUGCUAAUUCUGAACUGCAGCAACAGUGUGUAGCAAGUCCAUCAGAAGGAAUAAGAAUUCAAAGUGAUGUAUCUCAUGGCAUGAUCUCAACUCCUGCUAUUAGUACACAAAUUCUUGAAGAAGACAUUGCUUCUCCUGCUGAGCUUGCAAAAGCUUAUAUGGGCCAUCAGGCUUCAAAAGUAUCACCUUCGAUGUUGAGUUCGCGUGUACGUGCUGUUAGAGAAGAUCCUACCUUGCUGAGUAAUGUUCCAUUUACUCCAAAAUCAGCCAUGUUGUCAUUGGCGACAAAGACAGGUCUAGAGAAUGGUUACACCACUCCUAGGUCUCGAGGCAGAUCUGCGAUAUACAACAUGGCGCGUACUCCUUAUUCUAGAGUUCAUCAAACUGCUUUUGAAAAGGGCAGCGGGUCAAGGUUGAAUGGUUAUGGGGGGCCUUUGUUGCUUGCACCAUCUGGAAAAGACCUGCCUGGAGAGAUUUCUAACAGAAUGGGUCUAAAGCGUAGAAGUUCUGCCCUAGAUGAUGAUUAUGGAUCUGUGGGUCCAAUGCGGAGAACUCGUCAAAAACCUAGCAUACUGUCCCAUAGAGGUUCUCUUUCCCAAGGGUUUGGUGGGGUUUCUUCUGCAAGCAAACAUCCAUUUACCAAUGAAAAGGUUUACAAAGGUCCAAAAUUUACUGGAGAAAAUGAUGAUAAUCGAACGCCAAGGCCCAGCUGUGCUCAUGUUCCUCCUAAAUCCACUGAGACGGCUUCAAAAAUAUUGGAGCAUCUUGAAAGAAUGACACCAAAAGCUAAGUCUGCAGAAUUAAAACUCAUUGCUGCCAAGGAAAAAUCGCCGGCAAAAUUAACUACAGACAUGCUUCGAGGGCAGGCACUCAAAAGCCUUGAAGAUGCAGAUUCUUCAAAGCUGAUGUACAGUGACCAAGCUGUUAAUAGGUUGGAGAAUGUUUCUCGUGGCAAGGAAGUUUGUGUUUCUCGUGGCAAGGAAGUUAGUACUAGUGGUUCUACUCAGGAAAAUGAUACGAUGGAGGGGAAAAACUUGCAGAAGUUGGGUUCUCCAAGUAAUGUGGCAGUUCAUGCAGAAAACAGUGAUGCUACGACUUCUGGAAAGAUCACUUUUAAGAGUGUUGAAACUUCAGAUUCUGCCGCCAAAUUUGAUGCUCAACGGCCGCAAAAGAAACAAGCUUUCAUGAUGAGUGCACAUGAGGAUUUGCUGGACUGGGAUGAUGACACAAAUCUGAAUGGACCAGCUUCUGAAGUUUUGCCCAAAGGCAAUGCAAACACCGAGAUUAUUGAGAAUAAACAUUCAUCUUCUGCUGAGACAUCAGUACCAGAAAGUGCCUCCUUGGUGGUUUCAACAGUUCCAUCGAGUUUGGGUUCUGACAAUCCGAAGCCUGCAUCUGAUAAAGUUCAAGGAUCUGAAAGCCCUUCAACUGUACCUGUUGGUGAACCUGCAGACCCAAAACCACUGGUGCUUAUGCAAGCAAAGCCAGACAUUACAAACCGCACUGAUGGUAUUUUCACAACUGGGACAACUGGUUUUUAUAAAAGUUCUGGGUCCGAGAGAGGCAUUGACAAUACCCUGCAUGAUGCUGCUGUAACUAAUGGGACACUGGGUUCUUCACUUACUGAGGGUUUGAGUUCUUCUUCUACAACUGAAAGCGUAUCUACCAUCUCACCUGGUGUUAGUACAAGUAACGGGCCGCCUGCUGUAAGCCCUUCUAUUAUCGCCUCUGCACCUUCUCCCACUCACAUUGAGCUUGGAAAUCCAUUUCUUACCAAUGGUACUGGCAAUGCUUCUUCUGUUGGUACAAGUAGUUCUUUUGCUUCUCCAACAUUGUCUCCUGCUGCUACAAGUAGUGCCCUUUCUUUAUCUGCUGAGCCAGUUACAUUCCAAAAGAAGCCUGUUUUUAAUUUCGUAUCCUUUGGUAACCCUUCCACGACACAUAAUCCAGAAUUGACCGCUGGGAAAACCGGAAAGGAAGAGAAUACUGACAACUCAAGUAAUUUUCCUUCUACCAGUACACCAGUUGUCACAAUAGGUACUGGAAGUAACUCUUUUGGGUUCAGUACAUCUUCCCAACCCAUUAGCCAAUCUCAGGAUUCUCUUUCAAGUUCAGGCAAUGGUUCUUUGCCUAAUGCACAGUCUCUUGUGGCUGGAUCAGAAGCUUCAGUUGUAACAACAUCUGCGCCAGUUAAGCUUAGUGAUCCGGCAUCUUCUGUCUUCCCUAUUUUUAAUGCUCCAUCCUUUACCUCAAGUAAUACUUCUUUUAACUCUAUGACAACGAAAACAGCAGUAAACCCUUUUAGUUCUGGUACCACCAGUUUGGUUAAUAACUCGUCAGGUUCAUUUUCUGAAACCAAGUCGUUGGGUCCAAGUACCAGUGCCACUCCUGGCGUUUUUAUGGCCAAGACUUCGUCUUUGUCUCCGGCCACAGAUGCUAGCUCCAGCAGUACUCCUGCUACUGGCAUUUUUAAUUUUGGGGCGAAGACUUCGUCUCUGUCUCCCUCCACGGAAAGUAAUCCUGCUAGCACUCCUGCUGCUGGUAAUCCGUUCGUCGGCACUUGGCCAGCUGCUAAGCCUUCUCCGAUCUUCAAUGGCUCCUCAUUUGCCCCAUCUCCUUCAACUAGCUUUCAGUUUGGAAAUUCCUCCAACUUUAGUGGUACUGCCGCUAGUACUGCACCUAUAAUGUUUGGGGGUCCCACUUCGGCCCCAGCUUUGUUCAACGCUGCAUCUGCUCCAACACCUUCACCAUCUCCCUUUGCUGCCCAGCCAGUGUUUAACAGUGGCGCUCAGGCCUUUGCUGCACCAGCAACAAAUAAUGAUCAGAUGAGCACGGAAGACAGCAUGGCUGAGGAUCCAGUACAUUCAUCUGUGCCAGCAGGUCCAGUUUUUGGCCAACCGCCUGUCUCACCUACUCCUAGUCCGUUUACGUUUGCAUCACCACCUCCAACAUUGGGAAAUACUUUCCAAUUUGGAGGCCAGCAAAAUCAACCGGCCUCGCAAAAUCAAUCUUUAUUUCAGGGAUCAGGAAGUCAGGAGUUUGGUGGUGGAAGUUUCUCACUGGGCAGUGGUCAUGGUGGUGGAGACAAGAGCAAUAGGAGGUAUGUUAAAGUUAACAAAAACAGUAGGACCAGAAGGAAGUAGUAGAACUCAGGAUUUGUUGUCUGGGAUUAUUUUCUUCUUUCUAGUUAGAUUUUCUUGAAGGCAUUAGUUAAUGUCGCAAUUUUGCGUGUUGUAUUUGAGUCCAAGAAAAGUGUAAUGCAUGCAUACAGAAACUAUACCUGUUUCUUAGCCUGUAAUGGCGUUGUUCACCAUCCAUGUAAUGUAGUGUUAGAUUCUGUAAAAGCAUAAUGAGAGAUGGGCAAUUUAGAGAUCCUGAUGGUUUAUAUGCCUUUCUGCUUCUGGGAUAACCCCAUCUGGGUAUCACUUUGUAUGGUGAGUUUUAGAUUUGCGGUUUUUUUCAGAGAAGAGAUGCAAACUGUCACGUAAAAUUGAACGUUAACUUUGUUUAGA